AUGGGUGGUGAUGCGCCUUCGGCGAAGCGUCGGAAGAGGGAAACCGCUUUCCCACGAGGCACCAUCAAGCGUGUCAAGGUGCACAACUUCAUGACAUACAGCGGCACAGUGAAAAUUGAGCCAGGGCCGCGCCUCAACCUGGUCCUGGGGCCCAAUGGCACAGGCAAGUCGUCGCUGGUAUGCGCGUUGUGCAUCGGCCUCGGCGGCCGCCCACAGCUGCUGGGCCGCGCCGACAACCUGGCCAAGUUCAUCCGGCGUGGCUGCAGCGAGGCCUGGAUCGAGGUCACUCUCAGUGGGGGCAGCGGCAGCCACGACAUGGUGGUGCGGCGCGACAUCAAGAAGGUUGCUCGCGAGGAUGGCGGGGACAAUGGCUACUCCACAAAGUGGCGCCUCAACAGCCGUGACGCGAACCAGAGUGAGGUGCACGACCUCAUCAAGGAGCUCAACAUCCAGUUUGACAACCUGUGCCAGGACCGCGUCAACGAGUUCGCGCGAAUGGACCCCUGCCAGCUGCUGGAGGCGACGCAAAAGGCCAUUGGCGACGCGCGACUGGACGCCCUCCACAAGGAGCUCAUUGUGAAGAGCCGCGACGCCAAGACUCUCGGCACGAGCCUGGCGGCGCUGCAGGCGCAGCUGGCCAAGCUGGAGGCCGAGAACCGGGCCCUGGAGCGGGAUGCCGAGCGCUUCAGAAAGCGGCAGAAGCUGCAGCGCCAGCUGGAUGACAUUCGGAAGAAGGAGGUGUGGGCAGCGGUGUCGGAGAAGGAGGCAGUUGUGGCUGGUGACGAGCGGGCCUUGGAGACAGCCAAGGCCAUGCUGCAGCGCCACCGGGACGAGGCUGCGGACGACGCCGCACCCCUCAAGGCUGCUCGGCAGCGUGCCAAGGCGCUCAGGGACGAGCAGCAGCGUACGGCACCGCAGCCCAGCGCCCAGUCCAUGGCGUCACGCCGCAAACGCCUGCAGGACAGCGCCGAGAAGCACAUGCGUGAGUUCACGGCCGUCUCCGACCGCAUCGGCAGCCUUCAGGCAAAGAGCGACGAGUGGCGCAGCUCCAUUGCCCAGACGCAGCGCGAGCUGGCAGCCAAGCAGAGCGAGUUUGCGGCGCUUCCCCCAAUGGUGGACAACAGCAACGCGAUUGCAACACUGGACGGGGAGAGGAUGCAGCUGUCGCAGGAGGUCAUGGCUGCUGAGUCUGACAUCAGGGGUCUGGAAGACCGCCAGACCCUGCUGCACAACAACAUCAUGAGCAUCAAGCAGAACCUGGCGCAGCUGGACAGCUCGCGGCACCGACGCCUUCAGGCAAUGGACAUGGCACGGCCAGGGCUGCGAAGCAUGAACGCGUGGCUGGAGCAGCAGAAGGCGGCGGGCGCGUUUCAGGGCGAGGUGCUGGGCCCCUUGGGCCUUGAGAUCACGGUGCACGACGCAGCCAGCCACUCACGCGUGAUUGAGGCGGCGUGCCAGGGCAUGCUGUUUGACUUUGCGGUCACGUGUCGUGCGGAUGACGAAAAGGUGUCGGCGCAGCUGAAGCACCUUGGAAUGGCGGGCACUGUGCACGCGAUCACGUGGGCCCUGGACCAGCCCUACAAAGAGCUGGCAGGGCCGGCCAGCACAUACCACCACUACGGUGUGCAGUGUACGCUGGCAGAGCUGAUCAAGGCGCCUCCUCUGGUGAUGCAGGCGCUCACGAGCGGCCCCCCAGCGCUCAGCAGCAGCCUGUUUGCUUCCGACAACGCCAAGCUCGACGCGCUGCUGACUCAGAACCCGCGCGUGCGCACUGUGUACACCGGCAGCUGUGAGCACCGCGUCAUCAAGGCCUCCUACGACAGCGAUCACGGACGCUCUGAGAAGGUGCUCAUGGCGCCGAGGUACCUUGGGGGUGCAGGGCUCACAGCUGACCCACAGGCCAAGGCGCAGGCGCAGGAGCGGCUCCAGCAGGCGGAGGCGGAGCUGGCGGAUGUGGAGCAGCAGCUGGCACAGCUGGGGGCGAAGCGCAGCGGGCUGCUGCAGCAAGUGCAGGGCAAGCAGGCCGAGCUCGAGGACCUGCAGAGGCAGCAGCAAGCCUCCAUCAACAAGCACCAACAGCUGCGCAAAAGCAUACUGUUCUUCCAGAAUCAGGUCAAGACCAAGGAGCAGCAGCCGGACCCCCUGCGCUCCAAGCCGGACCUGGAGCAGCAGCGCGACGGCUUUGUUGAGGACCACUACAAAGCGGUAAUAGAGCUGAUGCAGCUGGUGCGCUCACAGUGGGAGGGCGUGCGGGAGCGCGGCGCGGCUGAGCUGGCGCUCAAGGAGGCUGAGGCGCAGGUGUCAGCCCUGGAGAAUGCCACUAGCGAGCGCAAGCAGCACGAGGCCUCGCUCAAGGAGAGGGUCAACAAGGCGCAGCACCUGGUGGGCCGCAGCCGCGGCAUCUUGGAGAGGGCCCACAGGGCAGCUGAGCUGGAGGCCCCCCUGGAUGCAGCGCUUGAGCGGCGGCUGGACGCGCUGCCGGACGACAUGGACGUGCUGUCACAGCGGCGCCAGGCGCUGGAGGCGGAGGUGGCGGGCAUUGUGUGCAACAACCCCCGCGCUCUGGAGGAAUACCAGGAGCGGCAGCACGCCAUAGAGGACCUCAGGCGGGACGUGGCCAGCGACGAGGGCGGCCUGGCCGCGCUCAAAGCAGAGAUGGAGGCCGUCAAGUCUGAUUGGCUGCCUGAGCUGGAGGAGGUGGUGGCCCGCAUCAACACAGCUUUUGAAGCCGCGCUCAGCGAGAUCGGGUGCGCGGGGGAGGUGGCUCUGGACAAGAGUGCCGGCACAGAGUACGACAAGUACGCCAUACGGAUCAGCGUCAAGUUCAGGGCGAACGAGGAACUGCAGCUGCUGACGGCGACGCGGCAGAGCGGUGGCGAGCGCAGCGUGAGCACCAUUCUGUACAUCAUCGCGCUGCAGGGCGUCACCGUGACGCCCUUCCGCGUGGUGGACGAGAUCAACCAGGGCAUGGACCCCGUCAACGAACGCAAGGUCUUUGGGCAGCUCGUCGCGGCUAGCACGCGUGAGGGCACACCCCAGUGUUUCCUGAUGACCCCCAAGCUCCUGCCAGACCUGGAGUAUGGCCGCGACAUCACAGUGCUGCAGAUCAUGAACGGCGCCAUACUCAGCAGCAGCACGGCAGGCGUGGCGACCAUGAGCACGGCCACGCUGCUGGGGACGCGCACGGCGGCGCCAAUUGCAGCGCGCGGGUGA